AUGGCCAACCCUAGGCAAACCGUCCAUCAGCAAGCCACCCAAAAUUUCACCGGCCUCGCCUCACCCAUCACCGUUCCACCCAUAGUUAAUGAAAAUUCAUGGCAAAUUCCAUCUUCUGCCAUGCAGGCCAUCACCAAUAGUAUCCAAUUCCAUGGCCGAGAUGAUGAGGACGCCCCGGCCCACAUUAACCGUUUCUCUAGGAUGCUAGCUACCUUUAGCCUUAGCGGUGCACCCAACGAUGCUACUUACCUACAGCUUUUCCCAUUCUCAUUAGCCGGCCGUGCGGCUACUUGGUUGGACUCUCAACCAACCGGUACCUUUACCACUUGGGCGGGGCUUCGUCAAGCCUUUUUGAACAAGUAUUUCCCGCCCGCUAAAGCCGCACGUCUUAGAGACCAGAUCCACUCCUUUCGCAUGGAGCCCGACGAGCCGUACUACCUUGCUUGGGAGCGUUUCCAAAACCUUUGUGCUCGUUGCUCCCAGCAUGGUCUUUCUGAUUGGGCUUUGUGUGAGAAAUUUUAUAACGGUCUCACCCAAGAGACUCUAGCUGAGUGUAGAGAGCGUUUUGAGGCAUUUGCUCAGUCUCAAUCCCAAGCACGAUCCGAUCAGAGGUAUCAAAGUGGUAAUUCCCACACCACUACUAGUACACCCGCCCGAGGGGUGAACCAUGUCACCGUGGACCCUAGUUUAGGCUCUGUUUUGGAAAACAUCACUCGAGAGCUUAAGGAGAUUAGAGCUAAGGUUGAUAAGUGUGAGUUUUGUCGAGGCGGUCACGACACGAGUGCAUGUCCUUUACUAGUUGGUGAGGAGCAAUGUGAUUAUUUAGGAGGAGGGUUUGGUAGAGGUCAGUCUAGUGGUAAUAAUAAUAAUAAUUUUGGUUCGGGUUGGCGAAAUAAUAAUAAUAAUCUUAAUAAUAAUAACAAUUUUCGCUCAAAUGGACCUCCUGGUUUUCAAAUAGCUCAAAAUCCAAAUAGAGGUCUAGGUUCGCUUUUCAGUGGGGGUUUAAAUGGGCAAGUCAAGGAUGGGGGGUCAAAUAAUCAGGUUCAAACAGGUCAAGGUUCAAGUUUCGAUCUAGGGGGUAGCAUGGAAAGAAUGGAGUCCAUGAUGAGUCAACUGAUUGUUAGGGAUCAAAAUACUCAAAAGAAACUUAGUGAACAUGAUCUUAUGCUCAAGAAUCACCAAGCUGCGGUCCAAGACCUUUCUAGGGUUGUAAGUGAUAUGUCUAGGAAGUUAGAUGAAAGAUUACCCGGUCAGUUUGCAGCCAACACCCAACCUAACCCGAACGCUCAUGUAAAAGCCAUUACCACUCGUAGUGGCAGAACCGUAGGGAACCCGAGCGUAGAAGAGAGAGAGAGGUUGAUGAGGAUGGAGAUAUUGUAG